AUCAAUUAUUUAAUGUUGUGACUUUUGGUGUAACCUGUUAAGUUGGUAACUUAAAGUUAUCUUUCUCACGGAACUGUUUUGUUCCAAUUUUCGGUCCGUUUCUCGCAACAGCAAAAUUAGUAAAAUUGUUUCUAACACUAAUUCUAAGUCCAUCACAACCAAAAUAUUUGUGUGAAUCUGGGCACUGAACGCUGGGCAGUUAUCAUUCAUAUUUGGAAGGUGAUGGUUGUGUCCAUUGAGUGAGGUGAAUAUGUGUCAGUUGUAGCUGAUUGCACUAUAAAUUUUAAAUAUUUGCAUCGACUUUGUAAACUUGUAUAAUGGCUCCGAAUUUGAGCAAAUUGACCUCAAGGACUGAUGUCAAAAUCGCUGUAGCGGCAUCAGCUGCACUCGGUGCAUGGAUUUUGAAGAAUUCUAUAAAGUCAAGCAAAACAAAAAAUGUAAAGACUGGUCAACUCACUUUAGAGGAAAGUGUACAAUAUAUGAUAAAGGAUAAAAACAAAAAGAGUACAAAAGCCCAAGUGAAUGCAAAAUUUUUCAAGGAAUUAAAUGCAUUAUGGAAGAUUAUGGUGCCUGGAGUAUGGACAAAGGAGAGUGGUUUAAUGGUGCUAAUAGCAUUAUCACUUAUUGCUAGAACAAUGUGUGAUUUAUGGCUUAUUCAACACACAACAUUUAUAGAAGGAUCAAUCAUCACAAUGAACAAAUUAGAAUUUAAGAAACUACUGACACAGUUCUUCGUGGCUAUGCCUUUGAUUUCACUAGUAAAUAAUGUACUCAAAUGGAGUAUAGGAGAAGUGAAACUUAGAAUAAGGACGAAUCUUUCGCUGCAUCUCUACGAGCAAUACUUAAAAGGCUUCACAUACUACAGAGUAACAAACUUGGAUAAUAGAAUAUCCAACGCUGAUCAGCUCCUCACAACUGAUAUUGAGAAGUUCUGUGAUACUGUAAUAGACCUAUACAGUUAUAUUAGUAAACCCCUACUGGAUAUAUCUAUUUAUCUUUAUCGGUUAACAGUGAAUUUGGGACCUUCGACGCCGGGCUUAAUGAUGGCGUAUUUAUUGGCUUCCGGCGUGUUUUUGACCUACCUACGAAGGCCUACAGCUCGCAUGACGGUGCAAGAACAAAAACUGGAAGGUGAAUACAGAUACGUCAAUUCAAGGCUCAUCACCAAUUCUGAAGAGGUCGCAUUUUACCAGGGUAACCGUCGCGAGCAACUGACGUUGUUAUCAAGUUUCUACAAGCUGACGAGGCAUUUGAGGAAUUUCCUCAACUUCCGGGUCGGGAUGGGAUUCAUAGACAAUAUUGUUGCUAAAUAUAUUGCAAUCGUGGUUGGAUUUUACGCUGUUUCCCGGCCGUUCUUCGUUAAGGAUCAUAAUUUAUUGACUGGUAGCACAGAACAGGAUAGGUUUAGGCAUUACUACACAUACGGGCGUAUGUUGGUCAAAAUGGCCGAAGGAAUCGGCCGGCUCGUGUUAUCCGGCCGUGAGUUGAGCAAGUUGGCCGGACUCACGUCUAGAGUGACCCAAUUACGGAAUGUCUUGGAAGAUAUUAAUACAGGAAAUUACGAGAGGACCAUGGUUGACCGACAACCUGGUAUCUUGGGACCUAGUACAAUGGCGCUAACACCUGGGGCGGGUAAAAUUAUAUAUCAAGACAAAAUUAUAAGGUUUGACAAAGUGCCACUGGUCACGCCCAACGGAGACGUUCUCAUUAAGGAACUUACCUUUGAAGUAAAAUCCGGUAUAAACGUCCUAGUCUGUGGCCCGAAUGGUUGUGGGAAGUCGUCGAUGUUCCGUAUGCUUGGAGAACUUUGGCCUAUAUUUGGUGGUACCCUCAUAAAGCCACCUAAAGGCAAACUGUUUUAUGUACCGCAGAGGCCGUAUAUGACUUUGGGGACUUUCAGGGAUCAGAUAAUAUACCCCCAAACUCGGGACGAAAUGAUUCGUCGGGGUCGUACGGACGAAGAGUUGGAGCGAUAUCUCGAUAUCGUACAACUGUCUUAUCUCGCUACGAGGGAAGGCGGCUGGGAUGCUGUGGAAGAUUGGAUGGAUGUACUCUCCGGUGGAGAGAAACAGAGGAUUGCGAUGGCGCGUCUUUUCUACCACGCGCCACAAUUCGCGAUUCUGGACGAGUGUACGAGUGCAGUCUCGGUGGACGUUGAAGGGCAUAUGUACCAAUAUUGCAGAGAGAUGGGCAUUUCUCUGUUUACGGUAUCUCAUCGUAAGUCAUUAUGGCAACACCACGAUCAUUAUUUACAAAUGGACGGUCGAGGGGGUUACGUUUUUGGGGAGAUCGAUAACUCUACACAGGAAUUCGGAUCGUGAUUGUUCGACAUUGACAUGUAUAGAUUGUAUAUUGGACCAUAGACAAUGAAUUGACAAUUGACACAACCUUUUAAAGUAUUGUGUCGAAUUGUGUUUACGCUUUGGAUAAAAGAGUAAAAAUAAUAUAAUAAUAAAAAUGUAUAUAUAAAUAUGAUGAUCUACUAUAUGUUUAAUAAAAUAAAUAAAUCGUUAAAUGUUAAAGUUAAUGUAUUAGACAUCUAUAUAAUAUAAUUCUAUAUAUAUUGAAAAAAAUAUUUAUGUGACUCUAAGUUAUCGUGAAAUUAUGAAAGUCUUCAAAUAUAAUAUUUGUGUGUGCGGAAACAGAACAGGUGUCGUUAUUAUGUCGAUUAAAAAAAGUCUAAUUUGCUAGGCGUCAUAGACAAAUUAUUUAUGGUUCAUUUAUCGAAAGUACUAUUAAACCGUCAAACUAAAAUGACGUAACAGUGUUGUCAUCACAGAAAGGGUUAUAUUUUAGCACUUUGACAAACUCUUCUUUUUCCGCACAAACUAGCGAUUGGGCUAACACGUCUUAACAGUCACAGCUUUCUUACCGGAUUGCAAUUGAAUGUCUCAAUCAUAUCCUUGUCUAUGACUUUGGUCUAUAAUCUAUACAAGUUACAGACUACUAUUAGUAUAAUUAUUUUUAAGUAGCCAAUCUACUUUUUGACUCUGUACUAAUUUUGAAUACGUAAAAUUUGACUAUUGACAUUUUCAGCGAUUUCAUAUACUAUAUUGAACAAUUUUUGUUUAUUAUUUAAUUUUGUAUAUUAAUAAUGGUGCUCGGAUAUUAACUAGACCAUUGUUUAUUGCUUGAUCUAUUCCCAUAUCUAUAUUAAUAAUGUACAAUUAAACAAAAUCUAUUAAAUAUCAAUCUUUAUUUAAUAUAUUAAAUAAUGCUCAACAGAAUAAUUUUAAUAAUAACAAAACAUGUGGCCCUGUUUUUGUAUAUAGUUUUUCCAGUGCAAUUUUAAUUGCCGAUUAAAUAGUUCGAAGAUACUUAACUUAUUACUACUAAAUGAUCCGUAAGUUUUUGAAACCGGAUAUCCUUUAGUUAUAGAAAUAUGGUUAAAUAGCAAUUUUUUAUUUUAUAUUAAUUAACUAUUUUAAACUUAUAGUUGGUGUGAAUAUGGUAGUUAUAACCAGUGCUAUUUUAUUGUAGUUUGAAAUAUCACAAAAAGUACAAAUUCACUAUCUGUGCUACUAUAAAUAUAGUUAAUAAUUUAUUAAUGUGUUAUUAAACUAUAAAGUCUCAACCAAUAUUACACGUUUCAUAUGUUACAUGCGGCAACGUCGCAAUACAACGUAUACAUUAACUUCCUUAUUCAUACAUAUGUAUAUAUCAGUGCAAUGGGGUAUUUGACAAGAUUUUUAAUUUUAUUACAGAUUGAUUCUAUUCUAUGCAUUUGUUAUUUUUAUUAUUUUAAGUUAAGGCGUUAAAAACUCAAACGUUCUUUAUCUCAAGAACCCGCCAAAACGCAUGUUGGCAAGAUGGCGUCGCGCGAGUCUAUGAUGAAGCAAGCCCGUAAACAUGUAAACAAAGUUUUAAACUUUUAAACGUUAAUAAUUAUUCCUAAAUUACAAACACACAAAUUUCGAACAAAAGUCUCAAGACAGGAAGUAGUACGAUUAGACAGGCGAAGAGAUUUUUCCAUGCUACGUCAUCCUGGUAUAGACUAAUCUGUCACCGUAGUUUGUCAGGCCUACUAUCAAAAAUUCUCAUGGUAAUAGCAGAGAGACACGAUACCUCUCACAGACUCUUCCGAGGCACAAGAAAAAAAUCACAUUCUUAAUAAAUUUAAUUUUUAUGCAUAAGUAGGUAUAUACCCUACAUUAAAUUAUACUAUGUUGUGGCUUCAUCGUGGAAUUCAUUGUCUAAUAAUGUAGCAUAUACACGAGAUCAUUUAGCUGGCUACAUCACGACCCAGCCAAAUCAAUCAUUAAUCAGAAAUCAGCAUUAAACACACAUAUAUACAGUUUAAACAAUGUUUAUAAGUUGUUGACCAGUACAGUGAUUGUACGAUCGGGCCACGACAUUAAUAACUUGUGAUAAUAUAACCAAGAAUGUAAUUCCUAAUAAAAUAAUAAUUGGCGUCCAUAUUCGAAGAUAAAAUAUGUAACUAUUCACUCUAUAAGAACAUUUAAAUUCAAAUUAUUUUUAAGUAAGGUGUCGUCAGAUUAAGAAAAUUGUACAACAAUAUUUAAAUUUAGGAUAAAUAUAUAUCCUUAAAGGAAAGCAGUAUAUUUUUAAAAUGGGAAUAUGCAAACAUACUAUUUGCUUUAAAUUUUCCCGCGCAUUGUAAUGCAAAAUGGCUGCCUUCGUGUUAGGACUUCCAUUUUGAUAAUUUUAAAUGGUAACCUUAUUCUAUAUUUUAACAUAAUUUAUUUGUGUAUACAUGAUCAUAUUCGCUAUUCUGUAAAUCACGUUUCCCAUUUUUUUGUAAGAAAUGUAAAUGUCGCUGUGAUAGAUUAUGUUUGUUUGUUAUCGUUGUUAGGUGCUGGGUCAAUAAAGAAGGGUUAAGGAUAA